AUGCCCAUCAUCAGCAAUGCCAACCACGACUUCAGCACCUACUCCAUCAGCAGUGACGACAGCAGCCUCGACCGCUUCUUCACUGAGAUCCCGGAGACUGAGACCAUCAAGGGUGUUUACUUCCAGCGAGCGCAGCUGCUUCGUGACCCCAAGGCCUCGUAUGUGGUCGACCACACCCUGCAGGUUCUCAUUAAUGUCGGGGGCAACCGCUACACCUUCCCCUGGAGCACCUUGGAGCAGUUUCCCCAGAGUCGACUGGGACGCCUUCGUUUCUGCACCACCCCUGAGGAGAUUGCGCGACUCUGCGAUGACUACGACGAGACGUGCCAGGAGUACUUCUUUGACCGAAACCCGACGGCCUUCAGAGUCAUCCUCAACUUCCUGGCCGCAGGCAAACUGCGUCUCCUUCGGGAACUGUGUGCCGUGUCACUGCACGAUGAGCUCGACUACUGGGGCGUGGACCCAGGUCAUAUGGAGCGUUGUUGCCGUCGCCGCAUGAUCACACGCGUAGAAGAGGUGGCGGAAAGAGAGCGUAAGGAAGAGGAGUGGAGGCAGAAGAGGGUGAUGCUGAAGAAAACCCCCCCAGAGGCCGAGCAGGGCUACCGCCGGCUGUUCUGGAUGCUGAGAGAAGUGGUGGAAAACCCUCACUCGGGACUGGCUGGGAAGUUGUUCGCUUGCCUCUCUGUCAUCAUGGUGUUGGUCACUGUCAUCAGUCUGUGCAUCAGCACCAUGCCGGAUCUCAGAGAUGAAGAGACCAGGGGCGAGUGCUCCCAGAAGUGCCACAGCAUGUUUGUGGUGGAGUCCAUCUGCGUCGCCUGGUUCACGCUGGAGUUUUUGCUGCGAUUUGUCAACGCUCAGAGCAAGCUGGCCUUCGCUCGCGGCCCCCUCAACAUCAUCGACGCCAUCGCCAUCCUGCCGUACUACGUGUCCCUGGUCGUCGACGUCAAAGACGAGACAAAGGAGGAAGUCAUCAUGGGUGCCGGCAGAGGCUAUCUGGAUAAACUGAGUCUGAUCCUGCGCCUGCUACGGGCUCUGCGCAUCCUGUACGUGAUGCGUCUUGCUCGCCAUUCUCUGGGCCUGCAGACGCUGGGACUGACCAUGCAGCGCAGCAUGAGGGAGUUCGGCCUGCUGCUGCUGUUCGUCUGCGUGGCCGUGACCCUCUUCUCACCUCUGGUCCAUUUGGCGGAGAGCGAACUGGCGCCAUUUGCCGCCACACACCCCCACCACAGCUUCAGCAGCAUCCCAGCUUCUUACUGGUGGGCCAUCAUCUCUAUGACCACGGUGGGCUAUGGCGACAUGGUGCCGCGCAGCAUCCCUGGACAGAUAGUGGCACUGACCAGCAUCCUGAGUGGCAUCCUCAUCAUGGCGUUUCCCGCCACCUCCAUCUUCCACACCUUCUCCCGCUCCUACCAAGAGCUUAAACAGGAGUACGAGCGGCUGUGGAAGGAGGAGAGAGGCGAGGAAAUAGCCGCUGAGUCGGAGGAGAGUUGGUCCAAGGUCAAUUUGGCACCAGAUGAUCUCACGUCUAUGUCCAAGGAAGAGAAUGAAGCGCUGAUGUCAAGCAAGAGUCAUCAAUCCACACUUCCAUCUACAGCUUUCUGA